CCUCACUUAUAAAAUGGAAAUCCUAAUAGCACCUGUUUUAUAGGGUUGUGGUGACAACAAGGCAAUGGUCAUGAAGCACUUAGAACAGGUCCUAAUGUGAUGUAGAACUAUACCAAUCGUAUUGAGCCUAGUGAUCAUUUAACUUAGUCUUAUAAUUUCCGCAGUGAAAUAUUGGGGUCCUUGCUCAAGGUCACAGGGCCAGUUAAGUAGCAGAGUUGGGUCUGUGACUCUGUUCUCUUCGUGGCUUUACAGUUAACCAUCCCAGCUGGAUGGUCAAAACCCAGAACAUUUACUGAGAUUUAUUGCCUGUCCUAAUUGUGUGACAUCUUCUUUGCUUUUUGCUCUGCAGAGUCUUACUGCUCUUUUAGAGGUACUAGGAGGCGCCGCUGGUUCACCAUGAGUUUAACUAUCAUAUUCCAAUGAGGAUAGCCUGAGAGAAUGGGGAAAAAAACCCUGAUCAGGAGUCAGAUGACCUAGACGAUGUGUCUGCCACUAGUUAAUUAUUCGGAAAGCCACACAGCCUUCUUGGGUCUCAGUGUCCUCAUAUAUAGGGCUUUAAUAUAGAGAGAGUAAUGUAGAACUCCUGUGAUAAACAGAGUUGUUCCUGUAAUGGAUAAUGUUAUACUCAGUGUUUCUCUGAACCGCAUUGCUCAGACUGCUGCCUGCUCUAAUGUACAGAAUAAGACUAAACAUAAAGCUGUCAUUAUUUACAGAAAAUAAACUGCUUCAUCAUCAUUAAGCUUGCUGAGGUGAGCUUCUAAUUUAGCAUGGCUUCAGGGCAACCUCAAAAAAUGGUGGAAAGGUAGAUGAGCUUUCUCAGAAAUCUAGUAAGGGGAAGGAGAUAUUAUUUACGUGUUCCAGGUAAAGAAAAUGGAAGUGAUAUCCUUUGUGAAAGCAAGAGCUGUGAAAAAGCUCAUCAUGUUCAAGUACUCUCCCAUCUGAGGUCUUGCUGAGAUAGAUGGCAUAUUUUUCAUUUUGUUCCUAGGUAGCUUUGCUUUGAAAUGCUCGUGUAUUUAGACGAGUCUCAGACACAAUGUUCGGUGAAGGAAGACAGACACAAAAGAGUAUGUUGCAUAAUUGCACUAAGUUGAAGUUCAAGAACAGUGUGAAAAAGAAAGUCCUGCUGAAUGACAGGUCACUCUUCAUAACAUUUGACGGACUGGACAAAGCUUCUAUAGCAAACUCAGAUGGCCCAACAGCAGGCUCCCAAACACCUCCCUUCAAGAGAAAGGGGAAACUCUCCACCAUUGGUAAAAUCUUUAAGCCUUGGAAAUGGAGGAAAAAGAAGACCAGUGACAAAUUUAGAGAGACAUCAGCAGUAUUAGAAAGGAAGAUUUCUACAAGACAAAGUAGAGAGGAGCUGAUAAGAAGGGGAGUUCUUAAGGAAUUGCCUGAUCAAGAUGGAGAUGUAACAGUUAACUUUGAAAAUUCAAACGGGCACAUGAUACCCAUCGGAGAGGAAUCUACCCGAGAGGAAAAUGUAGUAAAAUCUGAAGAAGGUAAUGGCUCUGUAGCUGAAAAAGCACCACCUCUGGAGGAAAAGGCAGAAGAUAAGAAAGCUGGUUCCUCUCAUUCAAGAAAAACAACUGGCUCCAAAGCAACAGCUUCACCGUCUACUUCCUCCACCUCAUCUCGUCCUAAAGCUUCAAAGGAGACAGUUUCUAGCAAAACAGGGAUGGUAGGAGUCACAAAGGGCAAGAAAAAAACUGGCAAGCAGCCAACGUCUCAACCGUCCUCAGAUGCAACCACUUCUGGCAUAUCUGACCUUAAAGGAGAGCCUUCGGAGACCAGCGUGGCGAGUCUCAAACCCGAGCAGACUGCCCCUGGCACCGAGGAGCAGACCACAGGCAGACCCAAGUCCGCAGUCCCUCUGCCCGCUGUGGCUCCAGCACCUCUUCCCCCCACCCCUUCUCCCCCUCUGGAGGAGCAGAGCAUUGCUGCCUCAGACACUCCUGUCGUCCUGGUUAGCAACGGAGCCGACCUGCCCGUCCCUGCCUUAGACCCAAGUCAGCUUCUCUGGACUGAAGAGGCGACAAACAGCACCACUGUCCACUCAGGCACUGGCUUAAGUGUUAGCAGAGAAAAUGCAAAAUGUUUCACAACCAAAGACGAGCUGGGGAAGGCAGCGCCUCAGCUUCUGACUCCUGGGCUGAUGGGAGAAUCUUCAGAAUCCUUCAGUGCCUCAGAGGACGAAGGCCAAAGGGAAUACCAGGCCAAUGACUCUGACUCUGAUGGGCCUGUCUUGUAUACCGAUGACGAUGAAGAGGAUGAAGACGAGGACGGCAGUGGAGAAAGUGCUUUGGCAAGUAAAAUACGACGAAGGGAUACUCUUGCUAUCAAACUUGGCAACAGACCGUCUAAGAAGGAAUUAGAGGACAAAAACAUCUUGCAGCGUACCUCUGAAGAAGAGAGGCAGGAAAUCCGACAGCAAAUUGGAACUGAGCUUGUCAGGAGACUUAGCCAGAGGCCCACAACUGAAGAAUUAGAGCAAAGAAAUAUCCUGAAGCAAAAGAAUGAAGAAGAAGAGCAAGAAGCAAAAAUGGAACUGAAACGCAGACUCAGCAGAAAGCUCAGCCUGAGACCCACAGUGGCAGAGCUGCAAGCUCGAAGGAUCCUGCGGUUUAAUGAGUAUGUGGAAGUCACCGAUUCACCUGACUAUGAUCGCCGGGCAGACAAGCCCUGGGCCAGGUUAACACCUGCAGACAAGGCGGCAAUAAGGAAAGAACUGAAUGAAUUUAAAAGUACAGAAAUGGAAGUUCAUGAAGAGAGUCGACAGUUUACCAGGUUUCAUCGUCCAUAAUGAAGUGCGGGACUCUUUGGAAACAGACUGAUCAUCUUUGGGGGAAUCCUCGCUUCCUGAAAACCUGAUAUUGCACUGGGAUUUGAAUGUGUGUGUUUCCGUUUAACUUGUGGUGAAGGAAGCGUGUGGAACGUGCUCCCCACCUAUACAGCCCGGAUAGGCCAACAAGCAAAGGGAAGGGUGCAGCGACUCUGCUGUCCAGCAUGUGGAUUGAUGGUAAGGGGAUACCAUGGUUACACCACUUAUUCUUCAUCAGGAGUUUUAAUCAAAGAAGAUGAGCAGAAGACAAUCGCUGGUUCCCUGUUGCCAGAAAGCCACAUUUAAGAGUGCAAGUUAAAGAAGAAUGGGGAAUGGAAUUUCUGAGCACUGGAGAGGGGUGGGGGGUUGAAAAUCAGAAAGCAAGAGAAGUACUUCAUUAUGUUAAUGAAAAGAAGAAAUGGAAGCAUAAAGGUAUUUUCAAAGUAGGCUUUUGGUAGUUGAGAACUUAUUAAGGGAUUUGGGAGUUUAAUCACCCAAGGUGGAUUUCCUAAAGACCUGACCCUAGAAGAAUAUUCUUGUUUCAUCAUUAUAUUGGUACAGUGUUGUACCAUUAUUUUUUUGUUGUGCCAGUGAAUUCAGUUGCCAGAAAUAAGUCUGAGUGUUUUCAUGUAUCUUUUUCUUAAAUGCGAGAGGCUUUUACUGACUCUUAAUAAGCAUGCUUACCCAAAUUUUGUUGCAUGCUUUAAGUAGCAUAGCUAUACAUACUUUACAUUUUUUUUUAAUACUCCUCACCUAAUGUACCAACCUUCCACGAGGAUUAUAGGACUGGGAAUAAAGUCAGACGUAAUUAUUCGACCUUAUAAAUCUGUAGCAGGCUUUAGAAAUAAAUCUUUUGGUCUUUCCCUAGCUUGAUUAUCUCCAAUGUUGAAACCAUCGUACUUGAUCUAAAGAAGAUAAUAUCGACAAUCAUGGCACCUUUUUAAAAAGUCUGAAUCCAAAGUUAAAACUUAAGCAAAAUGCAAGUUUUCUGCCAGCAGUUAGCUCUGAAUAGGAAUGAAAAGAACUACUUAUUUUCCAUGCUGCAUUAAGUUGGAUUGCUGCUAUUAAAAAAAUUAAGCACAUGGAUUAAAAAAAUACUCACCCAAAGACUUAAAAGAACAGAAAAUUUCUGCUAAGUUGUAAGUGAGGAGAACCUCAUUUGAUAUUUUAAGAGUCUGCAGAUUGCAUCCAUAAAUAUAGCAUUGACUUUCAGUGCAAAAUAAUCAGUGAGAUUAAAGUUAUGGAAGAUUUCCCUAUGAGCCUACAGUCAAUAUCGUUUACAUUAAGAAGUCCUCUAUUGUCAUCUUACGGUUUUCCAUGGAGUCACAGGCAUAGUAUGGCUUCUGCUCCCAAGUACAUAUGACCAUAUGUAAAUACCACCUUGCAUUUAAUUGUUCUUUCAUGAUUGUUUUGUGCCCCUUUUAUUAAAAACACAUGAGAUGUAUAACAACAAGACAAGACCUAAAUAGACUUUAUUUUAUUCUCAGAGUUUGGACUAGGAUUUUCUGAAAUGAUUCUGGUGCAUUAUAUGGAAAACUCUAAUUUUCUAUUUCAACCAAAAGGCAAACAUUUAAUCUGGUGGACAAAUUUGGAUCCUGCCAUUCAUUUACAUUUUAAAGAAGCACUUAAAAUUGGAUGAUUUUGCUUCAAAAAUAAAAAAAAAUUUAGUCCCACUUAGCCUAUUACAAAAAGCCAGGACCAUUUUAUAACUAAGAAAAGUAGCCAGCGUUGCUGGCACCUCUUGCUGUACUCAGCUAUAUGCAUUAAUAAAAUAAACCUAGAAUUCUACACUAUUGUAAUUUCCUUGAUAGGGUAAGACAUAUUUUUGUUUUGAAAAACUUUUUCUGCAUGCCCAAGUGUCUUUCUCUGGCUGAAGUUUUAUCCAUUUCAUAGUGUUUAAAUCCAGCCAUAGAUAUUAACUAUGUUCCAGUUUUUUGCUGAAGCCAUGUUUUUCCUUAUGAUAUUGUUUUAUUGUCAUUUUAGUGUCUUGGGAAAAAUACCAAGGAAUGUAGUGUUAUUUUAAUUUUCUAUACUUAUAAUCUUAGAACAUCAUUUUAAUUUCUAAUCACAAGGCCCCUAUAAAAAUGGUAAAUAUAAGACAUUUAUCACUGUUUUAUCACUCAAGAUACAUAUCAUAGAGAGUCUCUAUUUGGUUGAUAAAAGGAACCAUUUUUUUCCCACUAGCAGUACAUGUGAUACAGUUUUUUUAUUCCCUACACUGAGAUGCACUCGGUACAGAAAUGAAACUCUGGUCCCUCAAUAUAUUGUUUUCCUUGUAUGAUAUGUCAGAUUUAUGAACUACCCAUACUUUUUCUUCUAAUGAUUGACAUGUUUAGGGAAAAGUUUAAAAGUCAAAAAAAUUAACCAAUAAUAGUUUAAUUUUUAAGAAUUGGAACCACAAAUUAUUUCAUUAGAAUGAUCCUUUAAAUAAAAAGCUAUGGAAAGAAUGGAAGGAUUAUGAGCUAAGCUAUAUUUUGCAGAAUGAAGCUCUGUUUUAAUAGAUAAUUUUACUUUUUUUUAAUGUCUUUCUUGGACUAUAAUUGCUUUACCAUGUUGUGUUAGUUUCUGCUGUAUAACAAACAAAAUGAAUCAGCUAUACGUAUCCAUACAUUCCCAUAUCCCCAGUAGCUAGUUUUAAAAGGCAGAAACACUGCAUAUCCAUCUCAGCAGCCCAUCUUGCCUGGCAGCCCUAAAAGGGUACAAAGAUGUGGACCACCCUCCAUAGAAUUAUGUAUCUGCCUAAUGCCAGCAUUUCUGCAGUCCAACCGAUAAGCUACGGUUCUAUAAAAAUACAUGUUUAUGUGAAUUGGGUUGUUGUAAUACAACACCAGGAUUUUUCCUAUUUAAAGUGCAACAUUAGGCUGACGUAGAAGAAGUGAGUGGUUUUCCUGGGUCCCUAAGAUGUGAUUAAGGAAGAGAACAAAUCCAUCUCCAGAAAGGUCACAGGCAGGAAAAAACUAGACAGACUGUAAAAACCAAAGUGACCAUUUCCAUCUUUCUUAGAAUGGAGAAAAAGAACAGUAACAGUAAGGUAGUAAGAAGAUGCCAUUAGCUUUAUCAGCAUCUUCAUGGUCAUUACCAAUUAGGCUGACAAAACUAGUUCUCCAGUGAUUAGUGUUAAUUUUUGGCAGCCCUGCCUGAUAAUUUCCUAUGGUGUGAAAUGUCUAGCAUUUUCUUUUUGUUCAAUAUAAUUUACCUUUAUGAUAAUUCCUAAAAUUAUUUAGAUGAAAUCUAUAAUAUUCAGAGAACUAUUUUGGGUAUUUGAACAGCUGUUUUAAAUGGAGAAAAAAGCACACUCGUCUAUCUGAUUUACCCAGAAAAACCGACCUUCUGGUUUCAUUUUCAUAUCCUUUAUUAGCAUAAUGAUUGUAAUCACUUAUCUUUCUCUUAUGUUAGUAAAUAUAUUGUUUGUAGAAAGUUCUAAAAUGUCAGUGAAAAUCUUUUUAAGGAAGUAGAGGAAUCGAAUACACCCUUGAAUAAUCAUCGAAUAUUGAAAAUGAGAGAUAAGUCCUUAAAACCCAUAACUCAGGUUUUACAACCUGCAGUUAAUUCAGUGCUGCAUUGGCACUUAAAAAAAAUACAGUAACUUACACUUAAAAGAGAGAAAAAUCUGCAUCAACAUUGCAUAUCCUAAUGUGUACCACAUUUUAACACAAAAACAGGCAUUGUAUUUAUACUUAAUAGAGUCAGACACAACUUUCACAAAUUAUACUGUAUUCACAAUAGAAAAAAGCAACCUUGUCUAUCACAUAGUAGUAUCUCCACAUUUAAACAGUGAAAGCUCUUCAAAAAUGUCAUAUUAUUUCUUUAAUUCAUCCCAGCAGCACAUUUCACACAGAGUGAGAAAUCAUUCUCAGAAUAGGUGAGAUGGAAUCAAGCUAGUACAAGAUACAUCAAUUUAUGUCAUUUCAUCGGUAUGGUAGCUUAAACAUUCCUAGAUCCAAUUAUAUUAUUAAGCCUAAUCUUACUAGUGGAAGUAUAUACUUUGAGACAAUAAUUAAUUUCUUCACAUUGUCAGAGAAUGUUAUGAGCACUAAGGAACCACUAAGAUGCAAUUUAUUUACAAAGUUUUCCCUUGGCCACUUGAACUGGCUGAUCUUCCACUAUUGGGCAUUUGAGUAUAUGUCACAUUGUUUUACUUGCCAAAGCAGAAUGAAAUUUUGGAGCUGAAAUAUGUCCUAGACGGGAAUGCAACAGCAAAAGUAAUCAUCAAAUUAAUAGGACCAUCUUUCUGAGAGAAAGCACAUCUCCAAAUAGUUGACACGCAAGAUUCAAAGAGCAGCAUGAGGCGUUAUUAUAAUUUGGCAGUGAUCAAAGUGUGGUAGGACAAGGGUAGAAUACUCCCAACCCAUUCUCAUUUUCACUUUCCACUUACUUUUUGUAAUCAUUAAGCUUAAGCUCUUUAUGGAAAUGCAAACCACCAUUAACAUUUCUAGAAAACAACUGAAAAAAUAGCCCACUUAUGCUUUUUCAAAGACAGGUUUAUCCCAAAUUAAGAAAUCCUAUUGUACACGCUGUAAGAUUUCUGGCAAAAAGAGAGAAUCCUAUAGCAGCUAUUCCCACCAAAAGCCAGCCCUAUAGGCAAGGGUCAUUUUUAGCUAGGCUAGGAUUUACUGCACAGAAAAAUGUCAUUUAGGUUUUCACAUUGCUAGCACAGCUGUGCAUAUGAGCAAAGCACUCCAUCAGUGUUUCUCAGUGGGGUACUGUUGGCAUUUGGAGCUGGGCAAUUCUUUUUGUACAGAAAUGUCCCACACAUUGCAAGAUGUUUACUCUCCCAGGCCCCUGCUGCCUAAAUGCCAGUUGUAUGCCCAGCCAUUGUAAAUACGAAAAGUAAAAAGCGCUCCCCCAUGUUCAGAUGCCCUCCUGGGAGGGCAGUACCUCCUCCCUUAAAUGCCACUGUCUACUGCAAUUUGAGGACACAGGAAAAAGUGUCUAUCUCAAAACAUCAUCUUGACUCCCUUGCAUUUCUUUGGGCCCUGAGUAGUUUCCUCCCCCAUCAUCUUUCUAGCCUUUUGUUUCUAGCCUUCUGAUGCAGCUUUAGUUUACCAGUUCUUCAGGGAGGAGGUUAUUGGGUAGCCUAGGCAGUUCCGACAGGCAUAGUCCCUUGAUUAGUCCCUGUAUGUACUUAAAGGGGAGAUUUCACAUGAAGUACACUUUUUUUUUUUUUUUUUUUUGCCUCACAAUUUUACCUCAGAACUACACUGUUGGUCAUAAUCCUUGUCAGUGUCAUGAGGAUCAUUGCAUGGCUUAACCACAAACACGACAGCUAACAAUCCACAUAAACAAAACUCUUGGUCUAUGAAAAUCACCAUUAGAUUUCACCUGGUAAGCUGCAUCCCAUGAGUUCCCAAACAAUUGCCUCUUUAUCCUAUUAAAGAAGCAUUUAAUCCACAUGCACAUGCUUGAAUUCCCCCCUGCAUAAAUAUAGCCAUGCAGUUCAACUUUUCUUAGAUUUGUAAAUUAUGAAGGAAACAUGGGUGAGCUGUGGAUUGCUUGCAUAUUGUUCAGACUUCAACGAUGAUCAUACACAAAAUGAGUUUUACCUAGGUGAAACAUUAUACUAUACUGACAGUACAUAAACAUACUUACUCCUUUCGUAACUUUUUAUCUCCAAAACUGAAUGGUAAAUAUGUCUCGAAAUUAUUUGGAUGUAUUGUGGCUAACAGAUCGAAUGAAGUUAUAGCCACUAUAAGUUUUUUCAAUACUAAAAUUUCUAAAUAUCUUUUCUGAAGCAGAGUGACUCAGUCAGUAAAGGUGAUUAUAUUGUGAAUUUUUAGAUGGUGCUUAAGAAUUCUUGUGAAAUACUUUUUUUUUUUUUUAAAGAAUAAAUUGAAGGGAGUAAAUGAGGCAGAAUGCCACUCCACCCUCAGGUCAAUUUUGUGGUAUGUUAAAAUGCCAAUGAUAUUUGUGCCACUUGCCAAUUUAGGGGGCUUUUCCCUUACUGGAUGUUUUGUUAUAGUCUGACUAUGUAUUACAUUGCUUAGAGAACUUCCACAGGAAAUCGCCAUGACAAUGCUAACUCGCAUUCGAAAACAACCUGAAUGAAUCUAGGGUCAAACCACUUUCAUCACUAAAAAUAUAGGCACUAAUUUUUAUUUUUAUUUUUUAAAAUAUUUCUUCUGUGGCUUAGAAAUGUGCCAACGUGUUCAAAACAUUCUGCACCAAUUUCACCAGAUUUAGUACCUACUAAAAACUCAAACUAGUCAUCUUUUUUCUGUGUAACAGUGAUUUUUAUAUAGAGAACUAUAUGCAUUAUUUCGUUAUUUCAAGCUUUGGUGAAAGUGAUAAGAUUGGUAAGCUGUGAUCGUUAUCAGACUGAAUGAUUUCUAAUUUCCAGUGAGUGAUCUAACCCUACAUAUUACACAGGUAUAGUAUCUGUGACUAUAAAUAACUGGAACUGUGUACUGAUUACAUGACAGUUUCUCUUUUUUUGUUGUUGUUCUUAAACCUGUACUGUAUUAUAGUAUGUGGGUAUAAAUAUCUACAAGUAUACACACAUAUGUAUAUGUAAUUCCACUAUUGUAACCUGAAAGACUAUGUAUUAUCUUUUUUAUUCCGUAUUGGUGUUUGUGUUAUUUAAAAAGCAAAAUUAUGCUCUAUGUAGUUGUAUAAUAUUGUAGGAUACUUUGCUGUGCACAAUUCCAAGUGCCUUAGAACAUUGUUUAGCUUUCUUAAGUAUAUAUAAAUGCAUAUAUGUAUAAAAUUGGGAAAAGUUACCUCAAUAAAAUCAUUGGGAAAUUCCCAGCUUCA